AUGAACCCUCACUCGCUUCUCAGAGAAGCACCUCUGGUGACCUUGGCCACAUUCUCCCCAGACCUACCCAUGACUGGAUGGGCUACCAAGGGCAUGCACAAAGUGCUAGACCUCCUGGAGGGCAAUAUGAUCAAACCCUUCCCUGACCUUCAGCGGCAAUAUCUCCUACUCCAAAGAGACAUGUUUCUCUACUUUAGAGUGAAAAACAUACUAUUACCGCACAUGAAAAAAAUGCGAAAACCACUCGAGGAUCCUCCCCUACUACUCACCCAGAUUUUGUCAUCUAAAUUGAGGAAGCCACUGUCCAUGUGUUAUAAUGCCCUUCUCAACGGCCAGUCCAGAGAGAAGACAUCUUACAUGCUGCAAUGGGAAGAUGAGUUGGGGCACCAAAUUCCCUUGUCUCGAUGGUAUGAGGCAAUGACAAAUACAAAACGGGCCUCAAAGAGCCUCUCUCUGUGGGAGGCAUACUGCAAAAUAUGCGGUGGUACCUAG